CUUCGCCAGUCCGCGCUCAGCUGCCGUUCUGCCCGCGUCCCGUGGGCCCGCGCACGUCGAAGUCCCCGGGUUCGAGUCCCGCUCGCAACCUGCCCGCGCGCGACCCCACGCAGCAUCGCGAGUGCCCGCCUCAACAUGCGGGGCUACAGUCACGCGCUCCUGCUGCUGCUGCUGGCCGGCUGGUCAGCGAGCCAGCGCCGCGGACGCCUGGGCGCCGACGUGAGCCAGGCCGUGGAGUUCGACUGCCCGGAGGAGUUCGGCUACUACCCGCACCCCAGCGACUGCACGCAGUACUACGUGUGCGUGUUCGGCGGAGCGCUGCUCGAGUCCUGCACCGGGGGGCUCAUGUACAGCCACGAGCUGCAGACGUGUGAUUGGCCGCGCAACGUGGGCUGCGGCUUGGAGGGGGAGUCCGCCACGGUCAGCACCGUGCGGGUCACCGAUUCGCGCACCCGCCAGGGACCGCUGACGAAUCACAGCCCGUCCAGGGCAUCAGUUUUGUCAGCGAGAGUUCAAAAUGAACAGCUAAAGCGACAAGAAGAUGAACUCGCCAAGCACCAGCUGUACGCGGAGGACGCGGGGCCCGCCGAGGAGGUAGAGGUGGACCGCCAGCAGCGCGUGUACCGCGGCCAGCCCGCCGCCGUGGGGCAAGUGGCGCGUGACCGCGACGGCCUGCGCCACCAGCCCGUCACCAACUCUCUGCCCACAUCAACAGGCCGAGUCAGAAAUGAAGAAAAGAUUGGUGGCAUCACUUACAACAUACCGCAACAGGCAGCAAAUGCUCAGUACAGGGCGGAGCCGAGCGCCGCGCCAGCCGCCUACAACCAGCCCGCGCGCGGACAGGCGCAACUCAGCCCGGCGCACAACCAGGUGGGCUACAACGCCUCGCGCCAGGAGUACGACCAGCAGUACGACCCCUACUACAGCCUGUACGACGAGGAGGACGUCGAGCUGUACCGCGACGUGGAGUACGGGCAGUACGCGAGCAGCGCGCAGCCGCCGCGAGGCCAGACCUACCAGACGGCGCAGCGACCCAGCCAGCCCAGCCAGCCCAGCCAGCCCAGCCAGCCCGCCUACCCCGCGCAGGACGUGUACAGCCAGGCCGCGCCUGCGCAGGACUACGACAAGAACUACAACACCCCCGCGGACGAUCAGUACCAGCAAAAUGUUGCAGUGCAGCAACCAGCUACUUCUACUCGAAAAGUGAUGAGACAGAGAGAACGAGGGGGAUCUACUCAGCAAACAACAAAAAAUGUAGAUUCGUCACACUUUGAUAAACUUUGGACACCCGCCCUGCUAAGCACUCAAACAUCAAAACUAGAUGGACAGACUGUUGAAAGUAGAACCAACACAAACAACAAUGCGUAUGAUUAUAGCACAAAACCUUACAUUACAGAGCCCUCGCAGUUAAGGAGACGGACACAAAGCUCCAAAGACUCAGAAUCUCAAACUCACAGAUCGGUCAAAUCAAAUGAUUCUAAGUUAACUAAGGAAGAUUCACACAGAAGUGCUCCAUCAUCAUCAUCAUAUUCCUCAUCUGAUUCAACCUCCAGAAAUAUCCAUGCAAACCAAAUUCCAACACGAUCUCGUGGAGUUCAAUCCCGCCAUCCUGCAACAGAACAGUCACCUACAAAUUUUGAAAAUAUACGGGAACAAGCUAAUAAAAAAGAGAACUCAUUCACAUCACAAAGUGGCAACGUUAAUGUUAACCCUCCACUAAGGAGUAAUACUGUGGCUGAGAACUCAUUUUCUGAGCCAAGAACUAAUUCAAAUAAUAAUCUUAAUUCAGCCCAAUAUACAGAAAGCAAUUCAAACUUUCCCACUUCUCAGCGACUUAUCCACACAUCUUCAAGUACUGAUGAUAAUCAAAACAAGCAAGGGCUACUUUCAUCUAUAACUGAAAGAGCAUUGGCAAAAAAUACUGAUAGAACUACAAAAAUAUCCAUUUCUUCUCGUCAACCAAUGAGGCAGACUACUGAAAGACUUAGCAGUGAUGUGCAUUCAGAGGCACGUACAAAUACAUUAUCAAAGGAUAAGAACGAAGCUUUAGAGUCAACAUCACCAUCAGCUCCUAACGCUGUUGAUAAAGAUCCCUCUUUAAGUCUUUCUCGUAACUCUAUCAUCCAAGCAGAUAGCACUACUCUUAGGUCUCGAGGACGAGGUCAAACUCAGCAGAGGAAACAGCAAACUUCUAGCUGCUCAGAAAGCUUUGAGAACAACAUCAAUGCGGAAUGCAAGGACAAGCCCCAAGUGAGAGUUAGGCCGGUGACACCACUUCCUGACACCCAAUCUACACCUGGUCCAACCAGGGGCAGCACCCCGGGACGCAUGCGUGGCAGUGCCUCCUACACCGCGGGAGGAGCAAGCGGAGCAGCAGAGCCUGUGAACCGCGGCACUCCGGCAUCCGUGAGAUCUCGACCGACUCUGAAGCCUUCCACUGCCAUAGUCUCAAAAGCAUCCGAGUUCAUUGACAUCUACAGAUUUCCUCCAACAAGGCCAGAACCGGUGUACCCCACCCCCCAGCCCGACAAGACUGCCGCCAAAUGUCGCAAGGACGUGUGCCUACUGCCCGACUGCUCCUGCGGAGGGAAGGACAUCCCAGGUGGCCUGGCAGCUGAAGAAGUUCCACAGAUUGUUUUAUUGACGUUUGAUGAUGCCGUCAAUGAUCUCAACAAAGGUUUAUACAGCGAUCUUUUUGAAAAGGGUCGAAAGAAUCCUAAUGGGUGUCCUGUUACUGCCACCUACUACGUGUCACACGAGUGGACUGAUUACAGUCAGGUGCAGAACUUGUAUGCAGAAGGGCAUGAAAUGGCUUCCCACUCUGUCUCGCACAGCUUCGGGGAGAAGUUCUCCCAGAAGAAGUGGACGAAGGAGAUUGCCGGCCAGCGAGAGAUCUUGUCGGCUUACGGCGGUGUGCGACUCGAGGACAUCCGUGGAAUGCGGGCGCCCUUCCUGGCGGUUGGGGGCAACAAGAUGUUCAAGAUGCUGUAUGACUCCAACUUCACAUAUGACUCGUCAAUGCCAGUGUACGAGAACAAGCCACCCAGCUGGCCCUACACUCUGGACUACAAGCUGUUCCAUGACUGCAUGAUUCCCCCGUGCCCCACUCGCUCCUACCCAGGUGUUUGGGAAGUUCCCAUGGUGAUGUGGCAGGAUCUAAAUGGAGGGCGUUGUUCCAUGGGAGAUGCCUGUAGCAAUCCACCGACUGCAGAUGGAGUUUACAAGAUGCUGAUCAAGAAUUUUGAACGUCACUACACUACAAACAGGGCACCAUUUGGAUUGUUCUACCACGCGGCAUGGUUCACCCAACCUCACCACAAGGAAGGAUUCAUUGCCUUCAUGGACACCAUCGUAGCAAUGCAAGAUGUGUGGUUGGUGACCAACUGGCAAGCUAUACAGUGGGUGCGAGAUCCCACACCGCUGUCUCGGAUCAACAACUUCCAGCCGUUCCAGUGCAACUACCCGGAAAGGCCCAAGAAGUGCAACAAUCCAAAAGUGUGCAAUCUGUGGCACAAAUCUGGAGUUCGAUACAUGAGGACGUGUCAACCUUGUCCUGACAUUUACCCAUGGACUGGAAAAACUGGUAUACGAAACAGCAGGGUGGACAAUGAAAUUGUAGAAGAGUCAUAACAGGAGUCUUCUGUUCAUUCGCUCAUAAAACUGUUGUGGAAAUAAAUGUAUUAAGUUUU